CUCCCACACUCCGUCAUGAUCACACUUCACGGAGCAAAGCGGUGUUUACAGCUGCGCCGUGGGACGCGUGGAUACAUUGGGUAUACCUCACUUUGAUCUGUGAGAUUUUUUUUUAUUUAAUGUCUUGUGGUAUGAGAUCUCCAGUGUGAGAGUGACGGUGGUGACGUCAGGAGCGGAGAUCAUCAUUCGGUAAACGGAGAAGCGGAAGCAGCACCGGAGCGCCAGAGCGCAUCUCUCCAAACUUCUGCAGCGCAGAGCAAAACAACACAAAACAUCUGGGGACGGGAUCACCCUGGGAAACGAUGGACAACAACUCCAUCGAGUUAAACACGAGUCCGCCGCGGGUCGGCGGGUCCGGGGUUGUGGAUCAUGAACUGGUCAUCACCACCACUUUCGGGACGCUGCUCUCGGUUGUUUACAUAAUCGGAGUGUCUGGGAACGUGUACACUCUGGUGGUUAUGUGUCACUCUAUCCGCUUCGCCACGUCGAUGUACAUCUCCAUCAUUAACCUGGCUCUGGCGGACCUCCUCUACCUCUCCACCAUCCCCUUUGUGGUGUCCACGUACUUUCUAAAGGACUGGUACUUCGGAGAUGUGGGCUGCCGCAUCUUGCUCAGCCUGGACCUCCUUACCAUGCACGCCAGCAUCUUUACUCUGACCGUCAUGUGCACUGAGCGCUAUUUGGCCGUCACCAAGCCGCUGGACACGGUGAGACGCUCCAAGAGUUACCGGAAAGGUCUGGCGUGGGGCGUAUGGCUGCUGUCCCUGGUCCUGACUCUGCCCAUGAUGAUCAUGGUCACACAGACCACUAAAAACACGCCUGAUGGGGGUGUGAAGAGGAUGUGCGCUCCCACCUGGGCGCCCCUGGCUUACAAAGUCUACGUGACUGUCCUGUUCGGCACCAGCAUCAUGGCACCGGGGCUCAUCAUCGGUUACCUUUACGUGAAGUUAGCCCGCACUUAUCUGGAGUCCCAGCAGAACUCUGUGAUCAGCAGAGGCGGGAAUAAGCGCUCACCAAAGCAGAAGGUUUUAAUCAUGAUUUUCACCAUUGUGCUGGUGUUCUGGGCGUGUUUCCUGCCCUUCUGGAUCUGGCAGCUGCUGCCCCUAUAUCACACCAAGCCCCUGAGCCUGGCCUCUCAGACACAUACCUGCAUUAACUACCUGGUGGCGAGUCUCACCUACAGCAACAGCUGCAUUAACCCUUUCCUCUACACACUGCUCACCAAGAACUACAGGGAGUACCUGAAGAACAGGCACCGGAGCUUCUACAGGUACACCUCGUCCUUCAAGCAGCGGCCGCCCAGUCUCUACUCCUGGGGGAAGUCCGCGUCCUCCAGCAACCAGUUUGAGUUCAAUUCCGAGACGCUGGUCAUGGGGACGCUGAAGUGAUGUAUGAGCCGCGUGGGAGAAGCGAACUGCAUCAGAAACAGGUAAGCGCUGAGCUUUCCAUGACGCGCGUGCCACCGCGACACCGUACGUCAAGACUGCGCACAGGUUACCAAAAAAAGGUCAUCCUAUCACUGCUAAUCUUCUUGUCCUGUUAUUGUUUAACUCCUUGUUGUUAAUUGGGACCAGGAGUUUCCUCUGUUUUAGGACAGGGGAGGAAAAGAGUCUCCUGAGGCAAAAUAAAAGUUGUGAUCAACCUUUUUGUAAACUCGUCAAUUUUCUGACAGUUCUCUGCGUUUUGUACUCAUAAAUCAAAUCCUUUACUAUCCAUCCUGGUGUUUUACAAAUUAAAUACCUCAGUAUAGGGUUUAUUCACACAUACCAGCACGGAUUUUCAGACAGGAGGCCUGCAGUUCCUGGGAAAAGAGGAUACUACGCUAUUAUUUCACCUACGGUGCUGUCCUCUUUUACAACAUGAUUGACGUGCAAAAUGUGUUUCCUGUUUGCCGUCCUUGUUUUUUUUUGUUUUUUUUUUGCAUUGUAGUUUAUUGUUUAUUGUUUUUUUACACUGAUUAAUUAUGUGAAAGAAAAAAAACGUUCUUCAUUGUUUUGCAUAUGGUUUUAACGUUCUCUAAACUUAACAAAGCUUAAUAAGAGGUCAAAACUCUGUUGCGCGUUGCAAUAGGUAGUGAGAACCAAAACCUCUCGUUUAUGUUUCACAAGCCUGAUUUUUCUGUAAAUUUAAAACAGAACAAAAAGUUCUUUGUUGUUGUUUGAGCCGUAAAGAUGCUUUUUCACCAGGAUUUUCAUUGACAUAAUAUCUGAUGUUUUCAUUUGCAAUGUGCUGCAGAUCUGGGUCACUCAUCACCCGCAUUGAUCGCCUCUGAUGUCCUUAUAUGCAGCAUUCAUUCAUUCAUUCAAUCAUUCAGCAGAAUCAUCUGACCCUGUGACUUGUUUAAUUCUUUCUUUUCUAUGCCGAAAAGCACCAACUAUCAGUGUUUGUGCUUCUGACUCAAUUGUGAUUUCUCACCCAUUAAGCGCUCUCACCUGGCAGGUCUUUCUCCAGCUUUCUGUGGCAGACAUGUUCACUCAGAAUCAACCCAUGAGUAGGAUCAGAGCCAUUUGUAAGUGAUUUUUGAGCAGAUUUGUAAAGAAUUGCAGCCUCCUUAACACACAUGUACCAUAACACUGCAGCAGAAGUAGCAGGUAAGGAGCUAUUCAUCUCUCAAUUACUAAGGUCUUUGGGGUCAUGAUGAAAGUUAGUACCAUAAUUAGCUUUCGUACAAGCAUUGCAAUUCGCUAACGCACUUGCUUGUUCCACCAUCAUCCUCUUUACAUCUUGGGGUCUUGCCUGCAGAGUGGGGCUCCGUGAGUGGAGCUUGGAGUUGAGACAUAGAAAAUCCCACAGGGUCUGAAUCUGCUGUUUGGGUCAGCCAAAGAUUCACGGUGAUUUGAAUGAAGAAAUACUCAUAUGGACAUGUAGACAGCAAGUAAAACAUGAUUUUCAUUGGAGUGGGUCUUUAAAAACAAAGAGGUGGAAAAUGUUCAACAUGGUCACAAUAAAAUAAACAUAAAAUACAAAAGAAUGAUUCACAUGUCUAACCUGUCAUAACUUUGCGAUGGUAUAUUUAGCACUGAUCUACAAAAUGAAGGCACAGCAUUUACCAAAAGCUAGUUUGGGGAUUUCCAGAUUAUGUUGGCCUUUAUCAAAGUGCAUUUUUUUUAUUUGUUAAUCAAAUGUGUAACACACCCUUCUUAAAUUCAAGAUAUAUGUAGAGCACAGAAAUAAAGUGAAAGAAGGAUUGUCUCACAGAUAAUUGGGUUUUUUAUCACUUUCUAGGCUUCUACAGCUUUCCUCAUUCACUUUGACUCGGUUCUCAAGUGAAAUAUCAUUUUUUCCAGGACAGUAAGCUUUAGUCUUUGAACAAUCAGUGUCUCCUUCACAAAUGAGGAAAAGCUUUAAAUUACUCAACCAAACUGUAGUGUUUUGGUACAUGUAUAAUAAAGAGUCUUUACAAAUUUGCAUAGAAAUGACUUUUACACGGCUCUGUGAUCAAAACUGAUUCUGACUGAAACUGUCCAACUUUCACAGCUUAUGAACAUCCUUUCAACAUUAAAGUGCCACAUGGAUAAAUACCAAUUAUGAUUUUGCUUGUUUGCAGUUGUGGUAAUUAUAAUGAUCAUAAUGUAAUCUUUGCCUAUUGUGAAAAAAACAUCUUAACAUCAAAUAUGGACCCAUUAAUCGGGCACAGUAAUAACUUGGUGACAUUGUCAUAUUGGCCGAUAUCUGGACUCAUUAAGCUGAUUUUAAAAAAUAAACAGAUCACGUUUGCAGACUCUGCUGGCAGGUUUGUCACUGUGGCUGCUGUCAUGCUAGCCUGGCUGGGCCAUCCUGUUGCGUGAAUCACUUGUCAUUCCUUCACAAAUACUUGUGUGAAGGAACGGCGUGAUUCACCCAGUGAUUCACCCAGCCAGGCCACUGUCAUGCAAGGUCAACAUCCCUUUAAAGGACAACAUGCUAAAUGAAGCAAAUCCAAUCUAACCGUAACUGUCAAGGGUUUGACAAAUUCUGUUUUGAUUCAUUGAAUUAUAUAGUUGAAUGUUGUUUCCAGCAUUGAUUUGUCAUAUUAUGCUCAACAUAUUUUCGUUUAUUUCAUGAUUAACUCAAAGUCAAAGAAAAAAUGUAUAUUAGAUUGUGAUGGGCAUGAAACAAUGGGUGUUAUCAUCAUGAAUCAGAGAUUUUAAAUGAAUUGAUUAAAAAUAAUUACAAGGUAGUAAUGGCAUGAUACAAUAUACCAGUUCUUUAAAUAUUGGCAUCAGUAUCAGCUCAUAUCAGUCAAUCACUUCUUUACACUCUGAGCAGUCCAACUCAAAUAAAACAGAGUGUUACUUUGGUGUUAUUAGCCAGUAAACUGACACAUUUAAUAUAACAUUUUUAUCUAAUAAACCAGAAAAGCUAUACAUGUGUUUCAUUACCAAUCACAUCAGCAAACACUAAACAACUUAAGUCACAGCAGAGUCAGCAAGGGCAAUGGUGCAUAAAAGAUGAUAAAUAAGAUUUCAUAGAAACAAAAUUUAUUGGAAAAAUAAUAUCCAAACAGAUGUUGACCUUUUUUUUUUCCUCUUGUCAGCUGUACCUCCUUUUUUAAGCACCCUUGCUCGUGUAGGCAGUAGUGGUCAAAGGAGGAGUCAGAUGUGUAACUGUCAGUUAAACUGCUGGUUUAACUGUCCAACAUUGUUGCAAACUAACUUUGUUUUGGGUUGCUUGUACACAUUUAUCUUAAGUCAUGAACUGUGCCUCACAACAAAUCAGCACGAGGGAGUAGAGUCUGCCCUACAACUAAUCAGGACAGAGAGAUUGAAGGCGGCUUUGAUUGGUCAGAGCUACUGAGAGGAGUACAGGUUUUUAAACAGCUAUGUAUAGAGGCAGAGCAAAACACAGAGAUUUUGUGAUCAUCUAAUUUAAUAUCAAUUCCUCAUAGCUGUUGAUGGUGCUAUGACCUUUUUUGUAUUUAUAACACAGAAAAAGAUAAGUUUUUUCCAGGACCUUGCCUACUGUAGCUUUAACCACUUUGCUAAAACACUAAACAUUAAUAAUGUGGUUAUAUCACUACUGGUACUCUUGGGUAAUGGUGUGCCUUCAUGUCUUUUGGAUUUGUGUGUAUAAAGAGCACCUGUGGGGGUAUUUGUGAUGAUUUAUUGACUGCAGAGGUCUCCAAGAGGGCACUUCUGCAGGGCUUUUACACUGGUAUGUGCUGAACAAGAGGGCAUAGAUUAUCGCUCAACUGAAAAAUGUUUUUAAAAAAGAUGGGAGAACAAUAUUACAACAGAUCAUUUCAGUGUUUCAUUUCAGGUUUGAUUGACAUGAGCAUUGCUGGAUAGUCAAUACUUUUUGGGCUCCUCUGUUUUUUAAACCCUUACAUUGAUCAACACAUUUAUGUAGUUAAUGUAAUUUGUUAAUGCUAAUGUAUGGAAAUAGACCAUGUUCAAACAUUGUUAGAUGUAACAUUAAGUUAUCAAAUACAAAUGAUCCUUAUAGGCAACAGUGGAGCAGUACAACACAAUGUGCCUGCAGGUUCCUACUGAGCCCAGUGCAGACUACCCAGCUCUGCUGAUGUGACGCACAAUCUGUUGUAUGUAAUAACUACAGUGCAAAUGUGCACAGGUAGAGAGAGCUUCUGAUGGUCUGAGACCAUUAACAAAAACUCAUCUGGAAUAAAUCAAAUUCUAAAAAGUUCUCCUGUGGCUCUCUGGUACCUGAGGUUAGAUCAAAGCUGUGUUUUUUUUUUUUUGUUUUUUUAAGCGGGGGGCCCUGACCCUCAGAGGGUGCAUGAGGGAAGUCCUGGAAACUUGGGGGAGUAGGAGGGUAAAAAUCCUCUCAUCAUAUUUUUUUGACAAUUACAUUUUAACAUGUAAGUGGUUUUGGAUGUUAAUGAUCACUGUUCAACAAAUCAAGCAGCAACCUCCAGGAUUCAGAAAUGAUGCUGAUGCUGAUGCUGAUGAGCUAAAGACUGCAGAUCCUCAAGUGUCCACUAUAGACCGGCUGCAAAAGCACAAGAGGCUGCUAACAUUACCAAAAAUCAAAUAAUUGAAUUUGUUUGGCCAUGCCAGACACAUGGUGAGUGAAGGCCCACAGGUGUUUUACUCUGUGACUGAGCUGAGCUCAGAGGAAAGAGUUUGAGCCCACAUCUGGACUUCAAAGGUGUUUUCUGGCUGAAGAAGAAACAAAUCUACCUGUCUGGAUGUAUCUCUCUACAGAAUCAAACAGAGCCUGAGCCUUGAACACCCACUGCUGCAAUGGAGCCUUUUAAAUGAGGCUUUGUGUGCUCUCUCAUCAGCGGCCUACUUAACUGGGUGAGGAUGAUGACUGAGUUUAUCAGCAACCAAAGAGCCUAAACUGGAGCUGAAAGACGAAGGUGACGGCUCCUCCUGUUCAGGAUGUUUCAUUAUCAAAUGAUGAAUUUAAUGUGCUUCCUGUUUAAUGGAGAGUCAAUAACUCUUUCAUGAGGAGGGCUCAGAGGAGUGAAGGGCAGCUCUUUUACUUUAAUGUAACUUAUUAAAGUCUCAUCAGUUUGCACUACCAUCUGCUUGCAAAGCUGCUCUGUCCUCUCAGUUCACCAGACAGGGAAAAACUACUGGUGUGUAGCAGCAACAUUAUGCAUGCCUGGACAUGCUGCGUGAUCAGAGAGGACAAACCUCCUUAGAGGCAGAUCUUAAAAAUCAUUAGUAAUAUCUAAAUAAAAUCUAGAGCCGUGACAUUUACUAACAUCCCAGGAGCUUCUGCAAGCAUUGGUGCACUUGGACUUCGGUUAGUUGCAUGUCAAAAGUCAGAAUCUCAUGAAUAAAUUCAUUGCUGAAAAUCCCUGGGUGAUUCACAAAUACUGUCACACCAUCCAUGUGGGAAAAAAAAGCCUCUUGUGCUUUUAUUUUUCUCUCCUCAGACUGUUGAAAAACACGAUGCAGAAUAUUUACAAUGCAAAAUCUGGAAAGAGAGGGCUGUGUGCAAGACUUAUCAGCUCAUGUACAAGAUUCAUGGGGAAUUUGUCAUUUUUCCUGUAAGCCCAAAAAAAUGUGCUCAUCCCCGAGAUGGAUAAAGACACGUUUGCAUCUAACUUCUGCAGAGAGAAAAUCAUUGUGUUUGAUUGUCUAGUUAGGCCCUGAGCAUGCAGAGAAGCAAGAAGGCACCAUAAGGGACCACCUCUGUCUCUACUGUAAAUGACUGCUCAUUUGGCCAUGGCAUGCCCCUAAACUCACUACUUCUGCACUUGCAUUAAGUCAGGCAAAAAUGUGAUAUUUUAUGCUACACAAUCUGCAGCAGCAACAUGUGUGCACAAAGGUGGGCUCACUCAUAACCACUUGUGUCUUUAAUUUUACUGUGUAAUCAGAACAUCAUCAUCUUUACAAACACAGAGAAGAAGGGAGGAAUUGGGGAAAAGUUAGUCCACAUGAUCGGUCAUCAAACUGUUAACAUGAUAAUUUAGUAGGAUAAAAAAAAAAACAGUUUACUCCCCUCAUAAAAUAAAAUAAUAAUCCGGUACAAGUAGGAUGCAUCUUUUAAGCUUUAUUUAAACUAGGCUAAUUUUUACAUUCAUGAUUAUUUUUAGAGAAAUGUCAUUUUUUCCUUUCUGCUGGGUGGGUGAUGCCACAAGUUGCCAUCCUAGCAUGCAAAAAAAUUUCAUCUUCAUGAAAUUAUUGUGAGAUUAGCAGCACAUAAACACACAUAUACUGUACAUCUUGCAGGCAGGCAAAACAGCAGGUGAUUGAUAAUGUUUUUUUUUACGUUUCUUCUAGUAAUUUCUAAAGCUUUCGAUUUGGGGAAAACAUCUCUGCUGAAUGCUGAAUGCUCCUCUGUGCUCACUGUGUAACUCUGUCUCUGCAGCAGAUUGCUGGAUUGGUGCCGGGCAGCCUUUUUCUGACAGAUGUAACACUUAAAUAAACAGAAACAGUGCUGAUGACAUGAAAAUAAACCAGAAAAGUGAAGGAUCAAAGACAGCUUCCUCCAAAAACAGGCACGCCACAUGAUUGUUGUUCAGCUGCAGAUCCCACUGUUGGGGGGGGGGGGUGGGGGGUGGAGAAAAUACUUAAAGACCAGACUCUAAGUAUUGUUGUUUUACUGUAUUUAUUUUUCUCUCAAGGAUGAAUUAUAACUUUCUCACCUCAAUAUUCAGUUUAUUUUCCUCAAUUUAAACUUUGUUCUUAUAGUGCAGUGUGAAACAAGCUUUCUGUCCUCAGUUUUUUUCCUCACCCCUGGUUUAAAUCUCCUCCCCGUCGUUAAAUGACUUUUUAUGUGACUUCUUGUCUGUCUUUGUAACAGGCUAUCUGUGAUAGCCUUAACUGGGGCAGCUUUAGUGAUGUCCCCUUAAUGAUGUCUUCAGAUAGGUUAAAGCCUCCCAGAGUUUUGAUUUAAGUCUGUAUAUCAAUUAAUGAUGUGUCAGUCGCAUACGAACCAGUUCAAAGAGUGAAUGAUGGGAGCCGGCUCCCAUCUGUGAGCUGUUUUUUUUUUUCUCUCUCUCUCUUUUUUCCCCUCACAGACUGUAGAAAAAAAACUACUAGGCAGAAUGACAGGAUUUCUAUCUGUUUUGUGUAGCAGAGUGGUACUACAAGCAAGUCAGCGCUUUCAUUGGGUGAUUUUAGAGCGUUACAAAGGUGUGUAAAUGCAAUGUAACCAUUGGCUACAGCAAUUUACUAAUAUUAGAAAAUGUAAUUUUUACUUGUAAAUACUGCAGUACAAAGGAUGUAGAAUUAUUUAAGAGGCAUGUGUACACAUGCGUACAUAUCAUAAGCCAAACAAUGCUAAAUUUGGCUGAAUUAGGAAAUAUAUAAGUGGUAAAAUGGAGAGCCGUUUAGGAGCUGAAAGAGCCGGUGAGCUGAGCCGAAUUAUCUGGCUCGCUAAAAAGAGCCGUAAUUCCCAUCACUAAUACCAGUCUCCAUGACCUGACCAAAGGGAGGUGUAGAAAUGUCCAGAAGAGACGCUCAUAACACCUUUGUUAGACAGAGACUCUCCAUCUUAUCAGCUGAUGGCCCCUUUGUGCUUGGAGACCAAAGUUUUAACUUGCAUAACUUUCACUGUGACUGAACCUGUGCAGGAGUCACUUUGCGAUCCCCUGUAAUACAGCACCAGAGAAUAUGCUACUGAAAUGUGCACUUCAGUCAUUCAGUAGUACAGAUCAGAUAGCAGCUGUUUGCAACGUUUCAUACUGACACUGACAGACAUUCUACUUUUUCAUUAAACUGAGAUCUGCCGGGUUGGUCAGCAGAGUCAGACUCAUUCUCCUGGCUUGGGUGUGUCUGUAACAGGCUCAUUAAUGCUGAAUCCCAUGCUGCAUUGCAAGUUUUACAAACUUAAGACUAGCAUGCUUUAGUCUACUAUCACAUUUGUGAUCAUGCACAGAGGGCUGUAAACCUUAGCAUGACUAUCUCACAUGUUCAGUGACACAGACUGACAUUUGAGGCCAGGGUUAGUGGCUAUAUUAAAUAUUACAUGAUAUAAUAGAAGAUUAUGUUGAUUUGUUGCUCUGAUUAUUUUCUCAUUUGUACAGGCUAUAUUGUCAGAUUGUUUCAUUUCAUGAUGCUCCAAAUGUUUUAAAUUGGUGGCCAGUCAGGCCAGUCUCUCAGCAGGACUCUUCUACUACAGAGCCAUGCUGUUGUAAUCCCUUUUAUCAGAGUGUGGUUUGUCAUUGUCUCACUGAAAUAUGAAGGUCUUCCCUGAAAAAGUCGUUGUCUGGAUGGAUGGCCUAAAUCUGUAGAUAUUGUUCCGUUUUAAUGGAGCCUUCACAGAUGUGGAAGAUUCCCAUGACAUGGACUCUGAUGAUCCACAUACCAUCAGGGAUGCUGGAUUUGAACUGUACGAUGAUAAAUUAGAGGGUCCUUAUUCUCUUAAGAGCAGAGGAUGCAGAGUCUGGCUUUAGACAGGGUGAGCUCUCUGCUCUUAACAGUGGAGGACAUGAUUUCCAAAAAGAAUGUAAAAUUUUGAUUGGUCAUACCACAGAGCAGUUUCCUUUUCCCCUCAGUGCUGUGAUUUCAACACUUAAGUAUUCAGCUGAGCCUGUGAGGUCAACACUGUAAUCAUGAGAAGUAAAAGAUCUCUGUCAGUUAUCCUGACAGUGUUAAAGAGGUGGUAAAUGGAUGAGGUAAAGAUGUCCUUUUGAGUUAAGUUCUUUUUAAACUCUGACCUAGAAGAUCAAUGUAAGACACCAGUCAUUAAAGCUGAUGGUGCACUUAAUGACAGGGACCAGAGCAUUUAUCUCCAUUGAGAACAAAGGUGAUUAAUGACUGCCUGCUCAGGAAACCUUCAGAAUCCAGACUUCUGCUCGUCGUCUGAGCUGGUUUAAAACUCUAAGGAGAAAAUAAAUGAACGUAUACGACCUUUUUACCUUAAGUCUGUACCAUAGACUGUAUAUACAGUCUAUUUGGUCUGUACUUUCUGUUUGCUGCUAUAAUAAACCUGGAACAGUCCUAAAGUCCCUGCUUUUUUAUGUUAAUGAAAAGAUUGAAUUCAUAGACAUAGUGGGAAUGAUAGCAGCACUGCAGCAUAGUGACCAUUGUUUCUGCCCACUUGGAGUUUGACAGAACAAAUUAAACGUGUUUCUAUUGUUUUCCAUCAGUUUCCGGCCAAAAACACUGACUUCAGAUACAUGAAAUAAUGAAAAUGUUUUCUUCUAAAUAGUCAUCAACUUGCUGCGCAUGUGAAAGAUAGUAUUUCACCAACUUAUAAAGAAUGAUCACUCAGCCUAGCUGUCUCUAUUUCAGCCUCUGGAUUUCAGUUUUAUGACCCCCAGUUUUGCAAUAACUCUCACUGUCCUCAUGAAUCUCACUCUAAUAAGCCUGUUGCACAUUUCCUGUUCAACACAGCUACUUGACCUGCUGUCUAAUGAACAUUAGUACAUUAUUAAACAGCUUAAGAUGGAGAUAUCUUUCUAAGGAGGCAGUGAAGCUCACUGGUGUUUAAACAUUCGGGGAUAUUGCACAUAUUCACUCUUUGACCCUAAAGCCACGCUGUUGUACCCCAUGAAGAAUCUUGGCGUUGUCUUUCUGAAAUAAUCAGGGAUGUCCCUGAAAAAGACGGGGCUCGGAUGGCAGCAGAUGUUGCUCCUAAACCUGUUUGUACCUUUUAGCAUUAAUGGAGCCUUCACAGAUGUGACAGUUAGCCAUGGGCACUAUCACACCCCCAGACCAUCACAGAUGCUAGCUUUGACCUUUGACCUGAUAAUAGUUCAGAUGAUCCUUUUCCUCUUUUGUCUGGAGGACACCACGUCCAUGAUUUCAAAAAACUAUCUAAAAUACGGAAUGGCCAGACCGCAGCAGACUUUCCCACUUUGGGUCAGUCCAUCUCAGAUAAGCAAGAGAUAAGCACGCAGAGAAGCCUGCGAUGUUUCUGGCUGUUGUUGAUAUCUGACUUUGGUCGCUUUCACACCUGACCAAGCGGACUCGGUUCGAUUGGGGAGCUGAAAGUCGCAACACUGUUGCAUUUAUAACUUGUUUUGGUUCUGCUUUCACACUGUGAUUUCUAAAGCGCACCGAACUUUCUGAGCAGCAUCACAUGGUUGAAAGGGGCGCUUGUCGAUUGGACAAAGUAGGACGGAUAUGUAACCUCAUGGAUUACAAACAGGGGUGGACUAGCCGUCUUGUAUUGUGCUUCGUCACAUUAUUUUAUGGAAUGCUACAACGUUAGUGAACGGAACUCUUCCUAUAAUGCUAUCGUAGCUUGUCAGGGAUUGAUCCUGGUAUUUUUCUAACUUUGACGAUCUAACAUGUGACAACAUAUGAUAGUACAGCGGUUAAGCAAAAAAUUGUGCACUUUUUGAGAAAAGCAUGAAACUUUUACCAUAGCUAGGUGAUACCAUUAGAUUUAUUUUCAGAUGUGGAGGGAAGUCAGAUUUGACCCCUGAGGCCCGGGAGAGGUCAAAUUCAAAAUGGCUGCCAAAAAUAUUGAAAAAUGCUUAACUUUGGAACCAAACACAGUAGAACAUUUAAGGUGUCAUUUCCCACUAAUUUCUGGGUGCCCAUUCAGUUGGUGAUACUUUUGAGACCAAUAGAAUUCAAUUAAAUGCCUUCAGAUCAAUGUCAAGGUCAAAUUAUCUGGAAAAAGUCAGGCGAAAGGUGCAAAAAGGUGGUUUAUUUCCCAAAUAAUGAAAGUAACAAGUGAUUUUAAAAAAAAAAUUUUUAAUGACAAUAAGAGUUAUGAUAAUAACUUGUAUUAAUACAGCACCUGUCAUAGAACUUAAGGUUGCGUAACAAAACAAAACACAAUCAAUGGAUGGAAAUACAGCAAACAGACAGUGCUUAGUUCCCUUUCAUAUCAGGAUCAUGUCAUGGAAAUAAUCAAAUUUCUUAACCGUCUAUUAUAGUAUUGGGUGGAGCCCCCUGGUUCCCCAUCUAUUCACCCCUGGCUGACUCCCUUCCACAGAUCCUCGUCUUAGGAGGUUCUCGGACCCUGUCCCACGCAUGUUUCCCUCUGCAUCCUGGUACCCUUGCACUUCCCUGGACUCUGGGACGGCUAUGGUGAAUGACUGAACCCUAACACAGUCUCCCGAACAAAAACAGAGCUCUGUACAUGCAAGUCCAGCUUUGACGCAUGUGCACCGUCCAGUGCACCCUUUCUGGCAGUUACACUGGAUUAGCUCAUGGCAAGAUUUUGAUGCUUCAGGGAGAGCUGUCCAGAAUGGCUGCCACCCAGUGGAUUCUUUUGUCCAUCCCCAGUCAGAUGCCUCUGGUAUCUUCGGAUCCAAGACCAGUAACUGGUUCCACAGGUUGGCCUGAAAGCAAGUCCGCUUGAUGUGCUCUUUAAGGGCUGCCUGGGUUGGAGGGAUGUUCUCCAAAGUCCUGGACUUCUGGGAGAAAAGGUGUUCCCUGGCAUUGUUUACCUCCAUGCAUUCACUGGUUCGGUCGUACAUCAGCACCCCAAAUCGUUCUAUCAGUGACCUUGAUCCUUCACUGACCUCACUUGGCAUGGCCAGGAGUUCCUGCAGAGCAUCAGUGACCUUGGGGAAAGACUUCCAAGUCUCCCAGGCUGUCUUCUUUCCUAUAUAUAUAUAUAUAACCGUAAUCUCAGGUGCAUUGGGUGAUAGCCUACACUGCACUGAGAGAAACAAGAAUGCUAACACAGUCUUCCUCAAUCAAAUAUUUACUUACUGUCCCUUUCAAAAUUAUGGUAAUUGAUCUCUAUACUGAUUCUAAAUAAUUAACUUAAUGGGUAGACUGCUCACAGGUUAUCCCAAGGCUUCUUGCACACCAGUAAUCAUCCUUAGUGACAGUGAUGGGCAGGUGCAGUGUCCAAUACAAGGAAAUGGAGCACUAUAGCCUACAUACCAAGAGAAAAGGUACACCUGUCUCCACAGUCCACAGUGUCUCAAUCAAAAAUGUAUUAUAAAUUUACACUCACCGGCCACUUUAUUAGGUACACCUGUCCAACUGCUCGUUAACACUUAAUUUCUAAUCAGCCAAUCACAUGGCGGCAACUUAGUGCAUUUAGGCAUGUAGACAUGGUCAAGACAAUCUCCUGCAGUUCAAACUGAGCAUCAGUAUGGGGAAGAAAGGUGAUUUGAGUGACUUUGAACGUGGCAUGGUUGUUGGUGCCAGAAGGGCUGGUCUGAGUAUUUCAGAAACUGCUGAUCUACUGGGAUUUUCACGCACAACCAUCUCUAGGGUUUACAGAGAAUGGUCCGAAAAAGAAAAAAAUAUCCAGUGAGCGGCAGUUCUGUGGGCGGAAAUGCCUUGUUGAUGCGAGAGGUCAGAGGAGAAUGGCCAGACUGGUUCGGGCUGAUAGAAAGGCAACAGUGACUCAACCACCCGUUACAACCAAGGUAGGCAGAAGAGCAUCUCUGAACGCACAGUACGUCGAACUUUGAGGCAGAUGGGCUACAGCAGCAGAAGACCACGCCAGGUGCCACUCCUUUCAGCUAAGAACAGGAAACUGAGGCUACAAUUUGCACAAGCUCAUCGAAAUUGGACAAUAGAAGAUUGGAAAAACGUUGCCUGGUCUGAUGAGUCUCGAUUUCUGCUGCGACAUUAAGAUGGUAGGGUCAGAAUUUGGCGUCAACAACAUGAAAGCAUGGAUCCAUCCUGCCUUGUAUCAACGGUUCAGGCUGGUGGUGGUGGUGUCAUGGUGUGGGGAAUAUUUUCUUGGCACUCUUUGGGCCCCUUGGUACCAAUUAAGCAUCGUUGCAACGCCACAGCCUACCUGAGUAUUGUUGCUGACCAUGUCCAUCCCUUUAUGACCACAAUGUACCCAACUUCUGAUGGCUACUUUCAGCAGGAUAAUGCGCCAUGUCAUAAAGCUGGAAUCAUCUCAGACUGGUUUCUUGAACAUGACAAUGAGUUCACUGUACUCAAAUGGCCUCCACAGUCACCAGAUCUCAAUCCAAUAGGGCAUCUUUGGGAUGUGGUGGAACGGGAGAUUCGCAUCAUGGAUGUGCAGCCGACAAAUCUGCGGCAACUGUGUGAUGCCAUCAUGUCAAUAUGGACCAAGCUCUCUGAGGAAUGCUUCCAGCACCUUGUUGAAUCUAUGCCACGAAGAAUUGAGGCAGUUCUGAAGGCAAAAGGGGGUCCAACCCGUUACUAGCAUGGUGUACCUAAUAAAGUGGCCGGUGAGUGUAUAGUGUAACUCACAAUAUUCUGCAUUUGGAUUAUGACAGUUUAAAGACCCAGACUACUUUAGCAUAAGUGAUCAAGCCUAUUUGAGACUGGCUAACAGCUAGCUAGCUAGCAAGGUGUUAGCCAACUUGCUUCAGGGCUAAGUUUGGUUUCAGGAAUUAGUAUACUUGUUGCUAUCAAGAGAGGUGAUAUGCUUUAAAUUAAAAUGCUGAAAUCUAUACUGUGUUCAAUCAUUCAACUGACUUUAGCUCACAAAGAAAUGUUCAAGAUGGUAUUAUUUGCAUUUUAAGGCAUUACCAAUGAUGUUGUUCAAUCAGUCAAUCAGUUUACCUGUUAGAGGUAGAAUAUUAAUCUCUGAAUAUUCCUGCCAGAAGUUGUCUCCUGCAGACUGCAGACAGGGCUACUAAUCAUGCCAUCCACCCUACUGACAACUCUAAUGCAAUUAGUUACUAGAGGUCCACCUGGUAGUUCUGAUCUUAGAAGAAAUUACCACACAUCACAGUUAAUAAUAAGAGAUAGUGCAAAGUUAUAAAAUAACAUUUCGAGGCACAUGGAUACAAUUAAAUAAAUAUUUAUUGUUUUGUUAUGCAUAUAUUGUACCUUGACCUUAAAAUAAAUACAUUUUCUAAAAUUAUAUUGGUCUCAAAGGUGGCACCAACUGACUGGGCACCCAAAAAUUAGUAGGAAAUGACACCUUAAAUGUGUUUUUACUGCAUUUGGUUCUGAAGUUAAGCAUUUUUCAAUAUUUUCAUCAGCCAUUUUGAAUUUGACCUCUCCCAGGCCUCAGGGGUCAAAUCUAACUUCCCUCCACAUCUGAAAAAAAACCCUCAUGGUAUCAUCUAACUAUGGUAGAAGUUUCAUGCUUUUCUCAAAAAGUGCACAAUUCCUAUUGUUUUGGGGGCUAAGCCGCUGUACUAUGAGCUUAGAGUUUAAGGACUGUGACUGUUGGUAGUUGUGAUUUGAUUUUGUUUAAAUAUGUCAAAUUGUGAAUUUAUGGGUUAUUGUUGUUCAGACAAUUGAGCUAAGCUAGCUAGCAACUGCUAAUGUCAGCGGUCACUUGUUGCCAUAGCAACAAGUAACGCCGUGCUUCCUCUACCCAAGAUGCACUGCGUAUGCACUGCAUAUAGCAUCAUUACAUACAUUUGGUCCUGUGUUUGGUCUGGUGAGCUUUCACACUGCAUACGAACCGAACCAGGGUUCACUUGCAAGCAAACCGAGAUCCACGUUUUCAAGCUGACCAGAGUUCGCUUGUUUGGUCCGCACCAGGGUUCGGAUGAGCUUUCACACCUGCCCAAACGAAGCGGACUAUCCGAGGAAACGAACUCUAGUCCGUUUAAAGUGGACCAAUAGCUCUGGUGUGAAAGCGACCUUUGUCUUUGCAUGGUAGAGUUUGAAUUUGUAGGCGUAGAGAUGAACUCAUGUUAACUGACAAUGGUUAUCUGAAGUCCUCCUGAGCCCACAUGGUAAAACCCUUCAAAAAAUGAUAAAGAAUGGAACAGAAUAGACUAAAAUAAUCCUUUAUUGUUCCUCGAGGUGGAAAAUUGUCUUUGGCUGACCAGCACAGGAGACAGACAGCACUACAAUACAAAUAUUGUCAUACAUAAAGACAAAUAAUAAACACAAUAAAAACAGAGGUGAGACGUAAAAGUAGAGGUAAAAUAGGAUCCAGUGAGACAAGUAAAACAUAAAGGUAGAGCAGUUCAGGCCAUAUGGGUGGAUUGGCCACUUAAUUGAAUUCAAGAUGGCAAUGGCAUUUGGUAGAAAUGACUUUUUAAAAGGACCUUUGGCCAGAGGAGCUCUGUAAUGCCUCCUAGACUUCAGAAGCUCCAACUGACAGAACAGAGGAUGAGAUCGGUCUGCCAGGGUUCUUCAAACUUUCCUCCUCUUCCUACCAGCUGUUGCAUUGAGAUGGACCGCUGGACCUCUCUGCCCCCUAUUGAUGAACCAUCAUUUAAACAUUUAAAGGUUUUUAGGGGAAAAAAAACAUACUCUGAAUAAUGGAUUCAAGGCUUAGAGUCCUGAAAGCACAAAGCAGAGCUGAGUGUGGUUUGCUCGGAGCAGCUGUGCAGAAAAUAAGAAAGACAUGCCUCAUGACUUUUUGAACAGUAAGUGCCUAUGAAAAAAAUUCAUCAAUUUUCUGGCUGCUUGAAGACAUGCAGAUAAGACUGUGGCAGUAAUUAAUACAUGUUAAGUCAGGACUGAUAUCGGUUAAUUUAAUCAGACAGGAGAAUACAAUUGCCAGAGUAUUCUGGUUAUUUUUACCUCAGUUAGAAACCUCUUUGAACCCUUGGUAGUUCUCUAGUUUCUAGUGUUUCUUCCCUCUGAUGUUGGUAUCACUUGGGAUGGCGACAUCUACCACAAUGGCUCUCUGCUGUUUGUCUACAAUUACAAUGUCCAGUUGGUUGGCCAUUACCAUGUCAGCCUGUAUCUGGAAGUCCCACAGAAUCUCGGCUGUAAGUAGCUGGAUAGCUCAGCGGGUAGAGUAUCCCGUUCCUAACUGGGGGUUGUGGUUAAAUUCCUGCAUCACACACAUCUGUAAAGAGUGAAAAACAUCUACCAGUGUAGGUCCUUAGGCAAGAGCCUUAGCGCUAUGGCUAUGGCAAUUUCAGGGGUUGUACGUCUAAGGAAACAAUCUUGUUUGUAUCAUACACACAGACAGCAGCUAAGCUGAGAGAGAGGGGCCGGCAAGUGGAAGCCCUGAACAUCAUUGGUGUGACCUGCAUGAUCUUUCCAGAAUUUCAGGCCCCAGUGGAAAUGGAAUAAAAGGGCCACAGAAACAAUUAAGAACCUAAAAGUUUCUAGUACUUUCUCAAAGCACACAUAGAUACUUUUGUGCUAGAAACAAAGAAAAGAGACAAGAUCAUGUUUAUCAGUUUUUAUUUAAAACCCUGUAUAGUAAAAGGUUACUGGUUAGAAAGAGGAUUCCUCACUGGACAGAGUGAGUUCUUCUUAGAAGUCAACACCUCGGGAUCAUGGCUAAACGCACACCUGAACAGGAAUGUGUGAUGACAGGUGAUCGACCAGAUCUGAAUCUCUUCUGAAGAAAAUGGCAGCUCCUCUCACUUAGAAACACACAGUGAGCAAACAAUCCCACUUUUGAAGAGUCUCUGAUACCAAGUUCGCUUUGAGUCCAUUUCUGCUCCAGCUCAAAGUUAAAGAAAAACAAACGUUGGAAAUGUGUGGGAAAAGCCAACAAGCCUUUCGGUGUCAGUCAUGCAAGGAGAAAAGUGCUGCUGUAAAAAAAUUGAUAAAAAACAAAAACAAAAAAACAAUAGUCUGCAACAAAGGGGAAGAAAAUGAUUUUUUCACAGCAUGCACAGAGAGUAGGAGACAGUCUACAGAUAAAAGACAAUUACAGACAUUGACCCAGCAGCUGCAGGAAACCACUGUACAAGUAAAUCCUCUCCUCCUCUCCUCCCCUCUGCAGGAUCCAUUUGAAGCCAAGAGCGUCCUCAUCACUUGUGAGUGCCUCAGGGCAGAGACGGGUCAGAGAUGGCGUGUGCCGGGUCGCAGGUGAAGGACACAGUGAUUGCAUAGCGUGUGCCCCAUGUCACCUUUUCCACACGGUGGAGGUUUUCAGAACCAGAGGUGAAGAAGGAGACUCGGCCUGGACACAGACAGGAAAAAGAGGAGAGAAAUGGUUGGAGUUACAGACGCUCUUUGUUUCACAGACUGAGAUUUUGAGGUUGAUAUUCCAACAAGUAAAACCCCCAUGUCAUUUAUACUUGUGUUUUAAAGGAAAAUAAAAUGUUGAAAAAAA